AUGGCGACCCUCCCUCUGUGGCUGUCCGUCUGCUUCACCUUUGUGGACACAGAUGGCGAGUUUGUGACCUGGAACUCCCGCCCCAACAUCGUGCUGCUCAUGGCAGACGACCUCGGUGUGGGGGACCUAGGCUGCUAUGGAAACACUUCUGUCAGCACCCCAAACAUUGACCGUCUUGCAAGCGAGGGUGUGAUGCUCACACAGCACCUAGCAGCUGCGUCCAUGUGCACACCAAGUCGUGCAGCCUUCCUCACCGGGCGCUACCCCGUGUGCUCAGGCAUGGCAUCGCCCAACAACAUGUACCGUGAUGUCAUAUGGCUGGGCGGGUCAGGUGGACUCCCAAGCAACGAGACGACAUUCGCCAAGAUGCUGCAGCACCGCGGAUACCGAACAGGGAUCAUAGGGAAGUGGCACCUGGGCAUGAGCUGUGCAUCCCGUGGCGACCACUGUGCACACCCGCUCAACCAUGGCUUCAACUUCUUCUAUGGGAUGCCGCUAGGGCUGCUGGGGGACUGCGGUGCCAGCUCCUGGCCAGAAGUGCACCGCAGGCUGCGCAUCCAACUGUGGGUGACAUCAGCAGCGCUGGCCACACUCCCCUUCUUGCUACUGGUACCCCGCCUGGCAGGCUGGUUUUCCGUCCCCUGGACACUUGUGGCCGCUUCCAGCUUCCUGGCUGCGCUCUUCUUCCUGUCCUGGUUCAGCAGCUAUGGCUUCAUGCGCAGGUGGAACUGCAUCAUCAUGCGUGAUCAUGACAUUAUUCAGCAGCCAGCUGAGGAGGCCCGGGCAUCUGGGCUGAUGCUGAGGGAGGCACUGGCCUUUAUCGACAGGCAUAAGAGAGGCCCAUUCCUGCUGUUCCUGUCCUUUCUGCAUGUGCACACACCCCUGCCUACACGCAGGAGUUUCAUGGGUCGCAGCAAGUUUGGGGCAUAUGGGGACAAUGUGGAGGAGCUGGACUGGAUGGUGGGGAAGGUCCUCGCUGCCCUGGACCGGGAGCGCCUGACCAAUCAGACCCUGGUUUACUUCACUUCAGACAAUGGCGGCCGCCUGGAGGCCAAAGAGGGCAAUGCUCAUGCGGGAGGCUGGAAUGGGGUCUACCGGGGAGGCAGUGGCACCGGUGGCUGGGAGGGCGGAGUGCGUGUGCCUGGCAUCUUCCGGUGGCCCACGGUGCUGGAGGCAGGACGAGUAGUCGAGGAGCCCACCAGCCUCAUGGACCUGCUCCCCACGCUGAGUCACGUGGGUGGGGGGAUCCUUCCCCAGGACAGAGUGAUUGAUGGCCGGAACCUGAUGCCGCUGUUGGAGGGUCGCAUGCAGCGCUCGGACCACGAGUUCCUGUUCCACUACUGCGGCGUUUUCCUGCACAGUGUCCGGUGGCACCAGAGGGACUGCAACACGGUGUGGAAGGCCCAUUACAUCACCCCCAACGGCUCCCCAGAGGGCGCCUGCCAUGGCAGUGGCGUGUGUGCGUGCUCCGGUGAUGUCACCCACCAUGAUCCGCCACUGCUCUUUGACAUCUCACGAGACCCCGCCGAGUCACGGCCACUGAACUCAGAGAAUGAGGCGCUGUUUGACGCUGUGCUCAGCAAGAUGACAGUGGCCGUGAGGGAGCAUCGAGCCACCAUCACCUCUGUGCCCCAGCAGCUCUCUGCCUUUAAUGCACUCUGGAAGCCCUGGCUGCAGCCCUGCUGUGGUGGUGUUGCCUUCCCGUUCUGUGGCUGCUCAAGGGAAGACGCUUGA